UUCAUUUUAACAAUCAUGACCACAUCAACCAACAUUUGCGCUGCCUCCCACCUCGCCGUCCUCCUCACCACUUCCUCUAACAUCAACUCUUCCUCUGCCGCAGCAUCCCUCCUUUGCUCUCACAUCUCAAAAAUCUCCAACAAAUUUUCAGACACAACUUUCGCUGUUGAUACCACAUACCUUCUUUUCUCUACGUACAUCGUCUUCACCAUGCAAAUAGGCUUUACCAUGCUAAGCGCUGGUUCAAUCCGCGCCAAAAACACCAAGAACAUCAUGUUGUGUAGUAUCCUUGAUGCUGCCUCAGGAUUCAUCACUUACUACCUCUUUGGAUUUGCCUUGGCCUUUGGUACGCCUUCCAACGGUUUUAUUGGUGGCCACCGCAACUUCUUUGCCUUAAACUCGUUCCCUGAAGGCUCUGGCUUUGACUUUAGCUUCUUCCUCUUUCAAUGGACUUAUGCUAUCACUGCCUCAGGAAUCACAAGUGGCUCCAUGGCCGAGCGCACUCAGUUCGUUGCUUAUAUUAUAUAUUCUUCUUUUUUGACCGGCUUCGUCUAUCCGGUAAUCUCACAUUGGUUUUGGUCGAGCGAUGGAUGGGCUAGUCCGAGUCGGACCGACAAUAAUCUUUUUUUAGGCUCUGGUGCGAUUGACUUUUCCGGUUCGGGUGUGGUUCACAUGGCCGGUGGGAUAACCGGUCUUUGGGGAUCAUUAAUUCUAGGACCAAGAAUCGGCCGGUUUAACUACCGAGAAAACAGCUCCACAGAAAUCCGUGGUCACAGUGUACCGCUUGUUGUCCUCGGUACACUCAUGUUGUGGUUGGGAUGGUACGGGUUCACUGCCGGUUAUUUUUUAACCAUUUUAAAAACUUACGGGGGAUCUCCAUAUUAUGGUCAAUGGAGCGCCAUAGGACGGACCACUGUCACAACGACCCUGUCUGGAUCCACUGCGGCAUUGACCACAAUGUUCAGUAGGCGACUUCUAGUUGGUCAUUGGAAUGUGACACAUGUGUGCACCGGUUUACUAAGCGGCCUCGUGGCUAUAUCAUCGGGUUGUGCUGUUGUAGAGCCUUGGGCAGCCAUUAUAUGUGGCUUUGUCGCAUCGUGGGUUACGAUCGGACUUGACUUGCUUGCCAAGAAAUUCAAGUACGAUGAUCCGCUUCAAGCCGCUCAAGUGCACGGUGGUUGUGGUGCGUGGGGAUUAUUAUUUACAGGACUUUUGGCAACAAAAAGUUACAUGAGCGAAGUUUAUGGCGGCGAAAGUGGAAGGCCGCAUGGUUUGCUGAUGGGUGGGGGAGUGAAACUACUUGGAGCACAGAUAGGUCAGAUAAUUGCGAUCAUCGGUUGGGUGACGUUGACAAUGGGGUCAUUAUUUUAUGGGUUACAUAAGAUCAAUCUUCUUAGAGUAUCUGUGGAAGAAGAGAUAGUUGGAAUUGAUAUGACACGUCACGGUGGCUUUGCUUAUGGGUCUCAUUUAGAGGAUGCAGACUGGGUCAAAUCAUGGAACCAAGGAGCUGAGAUUGAGACAGCAGCUUGAGUACAUACGGACGUGCGUACCAUUACUAUACGAUCCUAUGAAACUAACAAAAUAUCUCUCAAGUUACUUGGUACGGUUCCUAAUGUGGGAAAUGCUCGGAUAUCUGUUUUCUGCUAUUUGGAAAUCUUUUAUAUUGUAAAAUUAAACCCAAUUGUUGGAGAGAUAUGAAUUUGAUAAUUUUAAUUAUAUAUUUUCUUAGUUUGGGAGACAUGUUUAUAAGUUUCGAGGGUAGGUAAUAACAAUCUUGUUAGUUUCUGUUUGACCAAAAAGAAAUAAGCAAAACUAGUUAGUAAUCUAGUACGUGGAUUA